AUGUCUGUUGCGUUCUGAUUUCGGUUGUCAUUUGUCACAUUUUGGCAACAUAUUGACAUAGUAACCCUCAGUCUCCGGAUAUACAAACACAAUUUCAAAGGAUUUGGAGCAAAGAAAGGUAUUUCGGUGUCCAUUUGGUCGGCUGCCUCCUGGUCUUUCUUUGCUCAUGACAGUUUGAAGACAACGCCGAGGAUAUAGAUCCGGCUUCGGCAAGGAGAGCACUUGGAGGAAGACGACGAGAGCCAACAGAACUUGACGAUUUGGGUGGAUCUUUUUUCUGCUUGUUGCCCGGAAUGGUGUAAUGUGAUCUGAAUCUCCCACACAUGCGGUUUGUUACAUUCAAAUUAACUUACUCACACAGCACAAGAAACGAGUGGUUCAGGAAGUAUUGGUGGAUGUUUUACCGAGGAAACUAAAUUUGUCUCAGACCAUAACUCUGAUUUUCAUCUAUACAUCUUCUGUAGACAUUUUCUGUGGAUUCUUACUGCGACCGGGUUGCGAUACUUGCUGUCCGAGUCGCCAAGCUGCUAGGAAGGAUGCGCUUGUUGCUAUGAAUACACGAUCAGACUGCACUGUUGAAUAAAAGGAAACAUUCAUAUCUACAAUCGCCCAGCUCUCUCUGAAAGAACUUUGUCACUUGAGAGUACCACAAUCUGUUGCGAUCUUUUUUACACAGGAUAUAGACUUCAUACUGGCAACGUAUGACUUUUUACACCAUCUUCGGCAACAUUAGUAGCAAAGAUUACUAUAGUGUGGACAAUCACCAUCGCUCAGGUGCAGUGAUCCAGUCUUGCUAUAAGUCAUUCAUUCAUUUGAGAAAGCGAAGAGCUUAUUUUUAAAAGGCCGGGCAUUCCGAUGUGAACACCGCUCUGUCAGUUCAUACCGAAGCUGUUAUCGUAGACACUGCAUCGCAAGGAUCUGCGUGUCAAAGUUAGAUAAUGCCGCAACUGGAAACGAUUUUGAUUGUUUUUAACAUCCUCUGGACGUGCGUGUUCACUCAAGAACCGGCCUCCAAGGUGGUUGCAGAUCGCUAUGCAGUCUUUUGGAACCGCACAAACCCCAGGUUCUACCGGAACGACUAUCACAUAGACGUGUGCAUCAACGACUACCUGGACGUCUACUGCCCGCACUACGAGGACACGGUGCCGGAGGAGCGGACCGAGCGCUACGUGCUCUACAUGGUCAACUACGACGGCUACAGCUCGUGCGACCACAUGGCCAAGGGCUUCAAGCGCUGGGAGUGCAACCGGCCGCACUCGCCCAACGGCCCGCUCAAGUUCUCGGAGAAGUUCCAGCUCUUCACGCCCUUCUCUCUGGGCUUCGAGUUCAGACCAGGACGCGAGUACUACUAUAUCUCCUACACCGUCGCUGAGAAUGGGAGACGGAGCUGCCUGAGGCUGAAGGUUUUCGUCAGACCAGCCAACAACUGUGUGAAAACUAUCACUGUUCACGAUCAAGUGUUUGACGUCAGUGACAAAAUGGAUAAUAAUGUAGAGCCGCGAGACGACACGAGUCACGAGUCGGCCGAGCCCUCCAGAGGGGACGUCAACGCGGCCGCCCGCUGCAGGACCCCUGCCGCCCCGCUGCUGGCCACGGCCCUGCUCCUCCUCGCAGCCCUCGCCUCGUUAUAGCCCCCGAACCCCGGGGGAGCGGACACACACACACACACACACACACACACACACACACAAAACACGCGCUCACACACACACCUGUGAGGAGGGCCACUCGGAAAAAAAGGAGCACUUUUUUCAAUCCAGUUUUUACUCAACUCUGUCUCUAUCUCUCUGUCGCUUUCUCUUUCUCUCUCUCUCUCUCUCCUUGACUCUAUCUCUCCGUCUGUGACUCUCGUCAGUCGGCUGGGAUCCACGAGACGGCCCUCUUUUGUUUGUUUUUCUUUUUUUUUUCUCGUGUUGCAGUUACAGUAAGAUGCCAAAACAUGUUUUUUUGACUUUUUUACUGUUUCCCUUUCUCAGCUAACACACAAAUAUGCCCCCCUCCUUUUUCUCCCCAAUACACACACACACACACACACACACACACACACACAGACACACACACAUAUGAAUUAACUUGCUCUCACAUCUCUGUCAGUUUCUAUAAAAUGGGUCUGAUGGGAAGAGAACUGGACGUUGUGUGGACUGCCUCACGUCUGUCUCACGCGAGGACUCUUACCAGUGAAGACAUGGAGGCAGUCAAGGGACCUUGAGUGCCCUGACCAUAUGGAUAUGAGAGUGUUUCUUCUUCUUGAAGAAGAUCGGAUGAUGGAUAUUGUUGCUUGGAAACAUAUCACCACUUUGUGUGAGAGGCUCAUAUCUGGGCUUUUCUGAUGAAUAGCUUUUGAGGGACCUUUGUGGAGGUGAAUUGGUGUGUUGAUUUGCUGUAUUGUUAGAAGGAAAGAGGAGAGGGAAAGAGAAGCACUCAAGUGUCGAGGUUUUUUGUAUGAUGUGUAUAGUAAAGACAGGGGGAAGAUGUAUGCUGCAUCUUUGAAGAGCAUUUCAUAUAGAGUGAAGCAUUCAAGUACGGCCUUGUUCCAUAGUCGGAGUAAAUAUCCUAAUUUGUUUUUUUUUUGUUUUUUUUUUCAUUUUGUUUUUUGGCAGAACAGUAUUUUCCUAUUUAUUGUUCAGAUUUUGUUCUGUCCCUGUUCUGUCAUUGCCAAUUGUCUGUAUGCAGGUGGAAAAAACAAAUGCCCAGUUUUUAAAAUGUAAAAAAAAAAAAAAAACUGUUUGUACUCAGUAUUUGAUGCAGACAUGUAAUGGUUUGAGCUGAACCAGUUGUCAAGAAAAAAAAUCAGGGAUGAAGAGUAUGGCUUUUCACCAUAUUUGCCAUAGGCAUCAUCUGUGGUAGUUUCUCAACAGACUUUUUUCAUCUGAUGUCCGGGUCCACAUUUGAGCGAGUAGAACACCAUCUGUAAUUAAGUGCUUUCAAAUGCAGCAAGCCAAUCCACCCCCAUCCCAGACUCUUUAUAAACACGCAUCAGCUUCAAGUUUGCAUUUCUCUCCCAAUCAACAUGUUUUCUUGAUUAUCAUAAGCAUACAUAAUCAUGGGUAUUAGGAAUGAUUAAAAACACUGCUUUCAGGGAUUGAUACAUUUUUGAGCAUGGAGUCAGCAUAAAAUAAAUUAUUUUUUUGAAUCUUUGACAAAAUAAUGGAGGAUGAAGUCGGAAUUUGUUGUUUUCAGCUUCUAAAGUGCUCGCACACACCUUACCUACAUCUCCCCCAUCCACUACCCACCCCGCCCAACCCCACCCCACCCCACCCCACCAUCCCCAGUACCGUGGUGCUGACUAGCCUGGCCGUAUCAUGCCUUCUGCGCUGAAACGCUGCCCAAGCAUUGACUGAACGUUUGUGGCUGGCGGCUUAGGCAGCUGACACCCGUCCGUGAUUUAAUGGACCCUUUGAUGUUGUCCAGAGUGUCAGAGCAUGCAGCCCACAUACUGGGAGGCCUUGUGCCGGGUUAUUUCUGGAAUUAAAAAAAUCAAGUCGAGCUGGGGAGGGCUUGGUGUCCAGUUCAGCUGUGGAGUAGCCUUACCACUGCAGAAAAAAAAAAAAAAAAAAAAAAAAACGCGGCCAGGAAACAGAGCGGGGGGGAUUUGCUUGCAGAGAGAGAGAGAACGCUCCCUCUGUGAUCAAUAGAAUUGGCUUUUUUUUACACACACAGACACACACACACACACACACGCACACACACAUACACACACAGAAAACCAACCAAGGGGAAGCGUUCGCUACUCCCCCUCCUUCUUGCAUCCCUGCAGUUAUCAGGUGCAGUUAGCCUGUGGUGGUCCUGCCAGCACUGUCGCGUUGUUGCUUGUGUGAUACAGUGGCGGUUUUCUCUUUUAAGAUUUUGUCGGUUGCUCUUCGUUCCAGGUGUACACGUAAAACAUAGCAAAGUAGACGCUCUUUGUAAAGCCGUCAUUCGGUACGCGUGGAUGGCGGCCCCUCUUGGAGUAGCACUGCAUUAGUUAGGUUUUUAAUAUAAUUAUUCAGACAUGUAACACAGGGGAAUGCGAAUCCGCUCACUUUUGUGGAUACUGUGUAUCCGUAGCUAGUCUAUAUAACAUGCAGUGUUAGUGCAGCAAGAUGUAUUUUGUACCUCUCCUGAAGGACAAAAAAAAAAAUAAUGGAGACACAUAGAAAGAGUGAACAAAAAAAAAACAAUCUAAUAACAUUUGAUAUCAAAGUAUUAAUUUCAUUUGGAUGUGCUUUUUGUAUGAGAUGAAAAAUAAAAUGUAAUGGUUCUUCUCCUCUUGUACCUGACCUGUACAGUUUGUUCAUUUGAAUUAGGACUCUCCUAACCGUUCACAAUCCCACAGAUUGUUUUAUAAUGAAUUGAUUUAACCCCAACCCCCACCCGAAAGUCCUUGGAUGUGUGUUUGUGGUACACUGCAUUCAGACACCGAGCGUUAGUGCGUCACCAGUAGAAGUGCACUCCAAAUAAAGUGCUAUUAUCCCCCCGCCCGUCCUGAUCACACCUGGGUCACUUGAGUAGACUUGAGCUCGUUUUAAGUGUUGAUGUCUGUGAAUGCUUGUCUGAAGCUUCACAUCUAUCCGUGUUCAGUCCUUGCACUUGGACAGUCCUUCCGUUCCAGGCUGCCCAUCUUAUUUUAUUUGAUUUUUUUUGUCCUUUUUGUUUUAUUCUUUAUUGUACUUUUUGUUUACAGACGCCUCUCCAGAAUGGCCUUUGUAUGUACUGUGAUGUGCUAUUUUCUAUACUGACUUCACACAUGAAAUGGGAAUGUCAAUUUUGUUUUCCUCUCCUCCAUGUACAUUAACUCCCCACACAGACUCUGUUGCUUAGUCAUACUCGUGGACGUUUGUUUGUUUGUACACAAAGCAAAAAAAAAAGAAAAACCAACAAAAAACUGUCAGAAAAUGAAGGUAUCUUAUUAGUGCCACAGCUCAAUCAGCGCUCGACGUUCAAACCCUGUGUCUUGUAAUGGGGAUGGGUGCUGUUCUGCUGAAUGGAACUAACAUCUCUUAAGUAUUUGUGUUUUUUGGCCUCGUGCGUCUGUUCCCGUUAGUCACCACACCCUCCUGUGUCAUGGAACAUCUGUCUCUCCUCCGAAUGGGGAGUAGCCCGUCUACUACCUGUCCAGGAACAUAUGAAAAUUGUACAGAUCUCGUAGAGAUAAUGCAGCCAAAAUGAGAAACAGAUGGAAUGCAAAGAGUGAACGCAAAGAGUGACUUUUUUUUCUCUCCUGCCAGUGGUGGAUUCCUGUUGUGGCUUCGCUGUUACUGUCUUUGUAUGUUCCUCUGUGACAGGGCCGUCCUUUGCACCAUUUUACAUAUCCAGUCUGUGCCGGGCCAACUUCAACUGGACAUCAACAGUCCUCUUUUUGAGUUAUUCGUGUCAUUCAAAUGUGGUUCAGACAAGCAUUUUAUGGGGGACAGAUUGUCUCUUGUUACUCUGAUGGUGCAGUGAUGACCUACCCUGUGGUAUGAACACAACGAUUUAUAUCUCCAAUGGCCAUUGUUUGUAAAUACACUUGUUGGAGCAGCUAUGACUAAUUACAAAAAAAAAAUUAAAUAAAAAUUCUUUGUCAUUGUUGUA